GUCGUAUAUACAGGUCCGGAAUCUCAUAAUGGUUCGCAGGGUCGUGCGUUGAAGCCCCUCCGAUAGGUGGCUACGUGUCGAAGAGUCUAUGGUUGGAGUGUAAACAAACGAACAUAACCUAUAAAAAUAUAAUUUUUCGUGCGGUGUAUUUUUUGUUUUUAAUUUUAAAAUGCCUUCCGUUUGUGUAGUUCCAAAAUGUGACAGUAAAACAGAAAGAAAAAGUGUUUCGUGUUUUCAUGUGCCGCAAGAUGACAAAAUAAGACAAAAAUGGCAGCAAGCAAUACCUGGGGUUUUACGUUUAAGAUCUGCAAUGUCUGUGUGUGAAUUGCAUUUCAAAGAAGAAGAAAUUAUUAGAAAAGUACAAACAUAUAAUCAAGAAGACAACAUUAUUUAUGAAAAAAAUUUAAUAAAGCCGCGUUUACGUUUGGGAGCAGUGCCCUCGAUUUUUAACAAUAAUAAUAAGACUCAAAAUGACGUAGACAAAAACGGAAAUGCACCACUUACAUCGAAUAAUACGUCGACAAAUUCAAAUUUAAUUCAUGUUGAAGAUUAUUUCUACGAUAAUAAAGAAAAUGUAUCAGAUAAUGUCGGUUAUACAGUUGAUCCGGAUUAUGCGGUUCAUACGGUUCAAUUCAGUUCUGCUGUAACUUUUGAUUUGUGUUCACAAAGUAGUGAAUUUUCUGAAGAUGAACCAUGUAGCAUAGAUAUACCUAAGCCGUGGAGUGUACUUAAAUCUCAGACAGGAAAAGAAGAAAGUUUGUUAUUUGUAUGCUUUGUUAACAAAGAAAAUGUUAAAACACAUACAUUUGAGAAGGUUGUUGUGAUGAGUAAAAAUAGAGAAUUGCAAUACGAAGUACAUUCAAAUACUGUGAAUGCCGAAAUGUUUGAAUUACCGAAAAAAGUAGAUAAUGUUAAAAAUUUGCCACAAAUUCUACAAGGGUUCAAAAAAUUUUGUGCUUGUGAAGGAAUAAAUAUAAACGAUGUUGAUUGUACAUCAAACUUGUUAAAUUGUAAUAAUUACAAUCUUUCGGGAUGUCGGUCAAAAAAUUGUUCUUUAUUAUCGCUAAACUACAGUAAAUGUCGUGAUUGUAAAAAAUUGUCAAAACUUUUGUCGCAGCAAAAACGAAGAUUAAAAAAACUAAGCAAUAAUGAGGAGAUUAAAAAAUUAAAACCUUCGAGUCAAAUAAAACUAAAAGCACUUCAGAGGAAAAAUCAAAGGAGAAGAAAAGAAUUAAUUCGUUUAAAAUACAGAUUACAUGUUUUAGAGAAAUCUCUCGAGAAAAAUCAAUGUAAUAUUGCUAACAUUAAUGAAAAUGAUUUUGAUAAAAAUUCCUCAUCUUUAAAUAUGUCUCAAAAUCAGAAGAUGAUAGUGAAAGAAAUUAUUCGUGCUGCUAAAUACACAAAUCCAAAGGGUCGACGUUAUUCAGACGAUUUUAUAAUGCUGUGUUUACUUAUGAAUAUAAGAUCUCCUUCAUUUUAUGAAUUUUUAAGAAAAAAUGAUAUUCUUCCAUUACCGUGUUCCAAAACUGUACGAGAUUAUUUAUCAAUGAUUAGAACUAAAUGUGGCUUUGACGACGGCUUCUUUAAACUUCUCGAGAAAUCAUUUAAAGGAAAGGAUCCAAUGAAGCGCCAUGGUAUAUUAAUUCUAGAUGAAAUACAUUUAAGGAAAUCGAUUUCUGUUUCGUCGAAAGAUUUAACAUACUCUGGAUUAACUGAUUUUGGUGAAAAUAAUAAAAAGGGUGAAAAUCUUGACGCCGUAGCAACUCAUGGUCUCGUUCUCAUGUUCCAAUCUCUAACUGAAAAAUAUUCUCAGCCCAUUGCUGUUUUUGCCUCAAAAAACUCUGUUCAUGGAAAUGAAUUGGCGAAACUCGUCGUGCAAUCAAUCUACUAUUUAGAAAAUUGUGGGGCGAAAAUUCAUGGGAUUCUCGGAGAUGGUGCUUCAACUAAUGAUAAAAUGUGGAAACUAUUGAAUAUUAAAUCUUCACGAGAAGAUACAAAAUGUUGGUUUACACAUCCUUGUGAUGAAAAUAGAAAAGUAUUUAUGUUUUCGGAUGCACCGCAUUUAAUUAAAUGUAUUAGAAAUAGACUGUACAGUAAUAAUCUUCGUAUUCAUCCUGAUGAAAAUGAAAUAAAGUGGGAUUAUUUUCUACAUCUAUUUCAUGUCGAUAGUAAUCACGAGGCCAGAGUUCGUGCGUGCCCUAAAUUAACUAAAAGACAUAUUAAAUUAGAUCCUCAAGGACUAAUGCGUGUUCGAUAUGCAACUCAAAUUUUUAGCGAUUCAGUAGCAAAAGGUUUGAUAUUUUAUCAAAUGCACCAAUAUCCUCAGUUUGAAGGUUGUGAAGAUACAGCUAAUUUUUGCAUGAAAAUGAAUGAAAUGUUUGAUGCACUCAAUCGGCAUCAACCAAAUCAAGGUCUUACACCUAAUUCUAAAGAUUUUAAGGUGUUGCAAAAUAUUCUUCUGUGGCUAAACAAUUGGGAGAUAAAUCUUGAAAAUGGUCUAAUAGAUGAAAGUAAUUACCUAACGUUAGAAACAGCAGGAAGAUUACGAGUAACAAUUAUGUCAACACUGACUAUGUGUCACUAUUUAAUUGACAAAUUUGAUUUUUCUUAUCUUCUAACCGGAAAAGUUAAUCAAGACAAUCUAGAGAAAUUCUUUGGCACAAUUCGAUUGGCAGCUGGAUCCAAUGAGCAUCCCACAUGUCCAACGUUUUUGCAGUUAUACAAGUUGUUGGCUGCAUACAGUAUAUUAAAGCCGCCUAGAUAUGGAAAUUGUUUAGUGACUGAGCAGAAAGUUCAAAAUCUUAUCACAAUUUCAGAAAUUAAAGAAAUUUUUGAAAAGUCUCAUUCCAAAUCGACAUCACUGUUAAACAGUAUUAAAAACAAACUGGACAGUCUAAUUGAGGAAGACACCUGGGAAGUUGACGAAGUCAUUGAACAUGACUAUUCAAUUAGACCAGUUAUAGACUGCAUUAUUUAUUACACCACAGCCUAUUGGUCCAAAAAAGGAAUUGGUUUACAUUUUACAGCAACUUAACUGAGGCACAGAUGUUAUUUCAUCAAUAUUCUACCGAUGAUAUCUUUGUCGACAAAUUUUGAAGAAAAAAGACUACAGUCAAUGUGACUCUUGUAUUAAAGCUCUCACAUUUUGCGAUAAAAAGUCUGCAGUCAGCAACCUGGUAGAGUUAAAAGAUCAGGGUAGAUUAAUUCAUCCCAAUUACCAUUUUUUUAAUCUCAUUUGUUUCACAGAGACAGUUUUUCGCAAAUACGCUAACCAGCAACACGUCUUUGAUAAGGUUAUUGAUGAAGUUACAGACAAUUAUAAAUUCACUUUUCCCUGUAAACAACAUGCUUCCAGCAUUUUAACUUAUGCCUUAUUUUAUUAUAUACGUUUAAGAAUGUGCCAAUUUGCGUUUCAGUUCAAUCAAACUCUGAAAAAAACAUCUUCUAUCAAAAGAAAACUUUCCAAAUUAGAAAGCAGUUAAAAUUCUAUACAAAUAAGAGUCUAAUUUUUUAAGAAAAUGUAAAUUAUGUUUAUGUCUCGUUAAAAGCUGUAAAAAAUAUUUUGCAAAUUAUAAAACUUUCGUUUUUCAAAUCAAAGGUAGUUUUCUUUUCCUUAAAACAAGGCUUCAGCUGCGCUUAUCAGUGUUUAAUAAUACGUUAUAUUAUAUACAAUCGGUCAAUAUUUUAUGUUUUACAAAAGCCAAAGA